ACGAAUUCGCAUUGUUCCCGCCAUUUGGAAACCCUACCUUCUGUCAAUAUUCAGUGUCAAUGAUUCGAAUUCCCAAAGCAGCGAAGUAAUCUGAUAGACAAAGAUGGCGGAAGAAGGGAAAAAUAGCUCGAUGCGACCAGAAUUUCCGACUGGUCGAGUGAAGAAAAUCAUGAAGCUUGAUCCAGAAGUCCAGAGAGUAAGUUCAGAAGCCUUGUUCCUGGUAUCAUGCUCCACCGAGCUCUUCCUCCGAUUCCUGGCUGAAAAGUCUGCCCAAGUUGCCAUCGAGAAGAAGCGCAAGACUGUGAAGCUUGAACACUUAAGAAUGUCCGUCAAGAGGCACCAACCGACCAGCGAUUUUCUGCUUGAUUCGCUUCCUCUGCCCUCUCGGCCCGUUGAUCGCCCGACCAAAGAUCGGAGGCAAUCUGGCCCUGAUGGUGAUAAGCUGCCUCCACCUGGCACUCGACGUAUCGAUCAUUUCUUUCGAAAGCCAGAAGAAGAAGCACCAGAACCUAGAGACGAGCCUUAGGUUAUGCCCAGACGGAACAAACAAGAAGGGGGCAGAGAGAGGUAUUUUGCUUUAUACCGUGACUCAAGCGGAUAGACUUUGUAAAAGCAAGAAGAUGAGAUUCAGACCCCCAUAAACAGAUGUUCUCUUUUUACGACGUUAUUAGAUUAGUUUAGCUUGGUUUUUGGAUUAAGAUUAUAAUGCGCAUAUUUUCUGAAGGGAUACUAUAUAUGUCCAGCAAUCCAAGAACGACCUGUUUUCAGAAUUGUAAGAGGAGAUUUGUAAUUUGAUGUCAACUUGCUUAAUAUAAUAUUGAUGCACAUCCCUUUUGAUGUU